AUGAGCUCGGCUGACCUCUCACCCAUGUCAUUCCGCUUUGAUGUCACUGAUGACACUUCAAACCAACGGAAUGUAAGGGAAAAUCCACAAAUAUCUAUGCCAAAAAUUCUAAAAUCAUUUGACCUAUCUUCUUGGAACCAUUUUUUCCCCCCUUCACCAUCACGCGACAACACUAGAUUUAAUAGGUCACAUCCCAAUCACACCAAUGAAGUUUCAUCACGAGCGGAUGCAGAAGUAGGUUUCGAACAAAUUCUUCAAAAUAAAUCUCCCAAGCAUUGCUUUUCUGGCGCUAAAAAUAGGGUACCAGUUACUUAUGGUCGAAUUGGUGAUACUGGUAUAACAAAUUUGGAUCCUCGAUCAUGGAAUAUGUCGACUACGAGAGAUGCAAAAUUGAGGACGCCAAAAGGGCUGAAAUGGCCACUUUUUUUGGCGUCCAGGGCAGAGAAAUCGCAUAAAAAUUACGUAGAUUUUGAUGUAUUCGCCAGCUCCCCUGUGUCUGCUGCUAGGAUUGAUAUGCUGUUUGAUGAGAAUCUCACAGAUUCUGACCUCAAAACUUCAAUUGAUGGCAAGGAUUCAGACUCUGAGGAGCACCUAUCUGUUAUAAAACAAAAUGUUUUGUCACUACGUGAGGAUUUCAAUAUAUUACUACACGAGUUAUUGGGUAGAAAUAGGUCAAGCAAAGGGGAUAAAUGCAUUGCAAAUGAUAACAACGAUUUAGGUUACUCAUUUGGAAAUGAUCCUAUUUUUGACGUUUCCAGUAACUCAUCUCGAUCUCAUCAACCCCAACGCCAUAGCCACUCUAAUUCACAUCAAAAUGAGUUAAUUAAUGGACAAUAUGACCAACAACAGCAGUAUGAAAAUCAUACAAGAAUGAGUCCAUAUCCAAAAUAUGGGUCAAUUAACAAUGAAGAAGGGUUUAGAGCCUCGGAAAUAUCCACCAGAUUAACACCAACUAGGAGUAAUAUUGUCGAAAGUACAUUAUCCCCUAUUCUCCCUUCCAGUUCACCUAGUAAACAAGUGUCAAUAGAGUCGACCUCAUCCAAAGGAAGGAGAAAGAAGGGUAGGGGGGCUUCCACACCUUUUAGACAUAUUCUUAGUGAUGGUACCCCUUUGGCACAAUCUUACCAGGAUAUGAACAAAGUUGAUACGCCUAAAGAUUUGUUUAAAUCAAAUUCACCCCGAAGCCCAACUGGAAUACAAUUUCAGCACCAUUCCAACAACUCUGAUCAUGAAGGAUUAUCCGUAGGUUCUUAUAGGCUACCUAGAUUUGGGGCUAUAUCCCCUGAAGAGCCUAUGGACCCUGAAAUUGAACAAAAUGAUGUGAUACAUGUUGAAUCCCCAAUAACAGACGAUGAAUCAGAGCCGCAGAUUGAAAUUAAUUCGCCUACAACUUUAUCCCAUCAAAUUAGUCAAAGUAUUGAUAUGUCUAAAACCCCAAAUAAUUCGAACGCUUCUGAUGUAACAUUUCAUAAUUCACCUUUAAGCCGUUCUAAUGACACUAUUAUUGAGAAUGACAUUGAAAUUAUCGCGGAAAAGACGCUAGAAAUGGCAACAGAUAUGCAAGGCAACGAAGGAAUCGAUAAUGAGCUACCGUCCUAUUUGGACGUCAGCAAUUCGAAUGUUGACAAUAACAAUUUGGAUGAGUUGUAUGAUAAAAUGGAUCAGAUAGUGGAACAAGAUGUAGAUGCCAUGUUAGGAAAUCCAUUAAAUAUUUCACACAGAACUUCGCCAAUUUCCAAUAGAAAUUCCCCUGUCACUUUAUACACUUCACCUACUCGACAAUCAAAGACGCCAGACAGGGCCGUUGCCAUCAUAUCUCCUUCUAGGCCCACCGUAUUUCUGGAUAGUGCUGGUAGAUCUCCGGCCAAAUUUGGGUUAUCCCCAGGCAAAAUGGUAGGGUCACCAAAUCUAUCAACAGAUACAUCUCCAUCAUAUGGACAACGUAAAACACGUUUGAGAUCAGUAAAUACACAGACGCCGUCUAGAAGUGUAUCUCGCACUCCUACUAGGGCUGCAAGUGUACAGACAGAACUAGCUACGCCCAAGAGCUUAAAGUCAAAAUCUACGAAACGGAAGAUUAAUUACUGGACGGAAGCCUUUAAUUCUUCAUACAAGGUUCCCGGUGCACAUGAUACAAACGAUGGGAAAGGUCCUUCUUCUAUUGAUUGGGAUGCUGAGGCAGAGAGCUUGAAACGCAACAGCCGCUAUCCACAAAGACUACGAAUCCCUAGACUACAGCAUUGGAAUGCAGACCCUGCUGAGCCUAUAGACAUGACCGUCCAAAAUGUGAUUAAAUACAGUUUAAACUAUAUGCCUUCGCAUAAGAAACAAGUUAGGGUGUCUCAGGGUCCAAAAUUUCCCCGUGGAAAAGCUUCGCUAUACACAUACACUCAGAUUAGGAAAAGGGGCAGGCCUAGGAAGUAUCCGAUUGGACAAUCGACUGUUACACUGAGGCAAACUACGUUUCCCCUGCAGAAAAUUCAUGGCGACAAAAGUUACAUAAAACCAGGAUACGUUGCCUUGCUUACUGCUAGCGGGAAAAAGAUAUGCUACAAGGCGGUGUACAAAAAUACAGACGACGCUCCCGAUGAUAUUGACGGAGUUAGUGUCUAUCCAAUUGUUAUGACCUCCGUAUGCCGUACUUCACUACUAGUCUUCCCCAAUUGCGGGCACAUCAACUUCGGGGAAUCAAGCGAGAUAUUCUUGUGUGGCUACGUAUCUAAGGGGACAAACAUCCAAAUACAAUCGUUGUACGAGGGAAAACGCACUGAUUUAGACCUAAAAGCUAGUGACACUUUUUGCAUUCCUCCCAACACAUCUUGUCACAUAUACAACAAAGAUACAAGCGAAGGGGCCCAGAUAAUUCUGAUCUUCAUAAACGUAGCCUAG